AUGGUUUCCGACAAGAAUCGCCUAUACAUUGCCCUCUAUCCUAGCGGUAUUUCUAACAACAAAGAACGAAAGUACCACUGGGGAUUUCUAAUCGGGCCCAAGAUUGAGAACCAAGACCAAGUGCCGGGCAUCUGCUGCCACGUCAAGAACCGUCCAGUCGGCGGAUGGAUAUAUUCCGAAGAGCAGUUGCCGGACGUCCGAUGCAUAUCUAACUUGCUUGCACGCAUUCUGAUUGCCAAGAUCGAGGACGACAAACGCCUUCUUAAUAUUCUGCGGACCAUACCUAUCAUCCAGGAUGACCCAAGCUGGAGGUGUCGUACGUGGAUCAAGAACGCCUUGGCUGAGAUGGGAAGGGAUGGUAUGGCUGUCGGGACCUCGAAGCUCGAUUGGCAGAAAAUUGAAGUGACCGCGAGGAAGUACGUAGAGGACAAGACUGCUGCUGGUCGCUAUGAGAGGGAGGUAGAUCUGGCGAAGCCUCGGCCGACUUGGGACAUGAUUGGGAAUAGGGAGUCUGUGCCGUAG